GGAAGCGCUGCUGCUUGCGGAUAAUAUAGCAGAGCAUCGCACCGUCUGCAUGUCAGCCCAGCCUGCCAGCCACCUCUAGCCGCAGGACACACCCUGCCUGCAGGGGGCCACUCACCGCCUGGAGGUAGGUCUCAGCCAGGGUCAUAUGCCAGCCCUGUGCCACACACACACUGACUGAGAGAGGGAGGGGGCUCUGUAUCUGCUCCAUCACCCACAGACAGUCAGUGCCCUAGCUGUGCCAGCCUGGUGAUAUGCCAGCUCUUUGCAUGUCUGGCUCAGCAUUGUGGGGGCAGUAGUCCAAAACCAAACCAGAGAUGGGCAAUUCUGGCAGCACAGCUGUCUGUAACCCACACCUGCCAUGGUGCUUAGACAGAGCUAUGGGGGGUUCACCCCAGGAAUAUCUGCUGUGCCAAGAGCUAACUACUAAUGUGCCAGCCAUAUGUGCCCCAGAGACCAGGCUGACUAGUGAUGUGCUGGCUAUUUGUUGUUUUAUUGCAAAUGUAAGUAACAGAGAGCUGGGAGGGCUGGGACUGCUCUGUUUGUAGCCACUGGGACUGGUACAAUGGACUAGUCUAGUGCAUGGCACUCCAGGUGUAGUGGACUACCUCUCCCAUAGUACUGAUUAUUGCAUGCCAAAACUGAGAGCAAGGAUAGAUGUUGGUGUUGUAGUUGUCAAAAUGAAGUCAGCGUGUGCCCCAUGGUGCAAGUGACCUCCUGCUCCUCUGCAUUUAGUGCAGGUAAAAGAGCUGAGUAAUGGUUUUGUUCAUUGCAUGGUGAGUUGCAGAAUGUAGGCCAGAAUGGCAAAUAUUUAUUCCUUAAACCAAGAAUUGUGGAGAAUUAACAAGGAAAUUUAAAAAAUAAUGGCAGAGAUAUUUGCUGUUCUAACCUAUGAUUCCUCAAUCCUUUUGUGAAUUCUACUUAAUUGCUGGUUUAAGUAUAGAAGACAGCAGGGUUCUAAAACUAGCUGAGCUGACUAUAAUUUUUUCCAUUUUUUUUCUUGGGCUAUGAUUUGCAUUUCAAUUGUCAGUUUAGCUGAUGUAAUUAUUUGGUGAAUAUUAGCUAUCAUUUCCGUGAAGGUUCCUACAUUCUAGCGUUUAAACUUCUAAAAUGUAUAUAUUCCUUGAUGUGAUUUGUGUUUUAUGAUUACCUCAUGUAGAUGGUAAGUUCUUCUAAUGAGAAUGCUAGAGGAGCAGGUAAGAAUGAAGAAUUAACCCUUUAUUGAGGGAUUCAUUUCCCAGUAGACCUUUUCAAUUGCUCUGUGAUUUGCAUAGGAAUGGAAGGAUCCCACCAGGUUGUUAAUAUUAAAUUCAAAAAUAUAUUGUACUUUUUCGAUUAAAAAAAAAAAAAAGCUAGUGAUUUAAUGUUGGAAUACUGGUCAAAGAUUAUAGGCCACAAUAAGGUUUGGUUUGCUUUUUGAAAGAAUUUGUCCAUAUUUGCCUAGAUGUUGAAGUUUCAAUUCUUCAUGAUUCCUGGUUGCAUAAAUAUAUAUUUUAUAUGUAUAUUUUGUGGUUUUAUUGUUUUCAUUUUGUUCAGCACUACAGUGUGUGUGUGUGUGUGUGUGUGUGUGUGUGUGUGUGUGUGUGUGUGUGUAUAAAUUUCAUAAUCCUGACAGAAAUGUGUAUUCUGUCACUUAAUAUGUUCGCAUGACACCAAAACUGAUUUAAACCAACAAACAAUAGGUGUUAAACCUAAUACAUGAUGAAUGUGAGAAACAUUUAUUCAUAUGUCCUCCUGUCUUCCAGAGACCAGUAUAUCCUUUGUUACAUUGCAUUAUUUAGGUUCUUACAAUUCGUCUCUUCCCAUUCUACAACCCACAUUAUGAAUAUGUGGGUCAAUACACUGGCAGGUCAUAUGAGACCUAUUUAACUGAAUGUCUAAAAAUAAAUAGUGCUUCCAUUUGUAUUUUAGGAAACACACUGCAAAGGCUGUUUGCAUAAAACUAUGGUAACAUUGUAUACUUCAGUUUCCAUUAGGAGAUUAUUUAAUAAACUGCUGUUUUCUGCAUUUGUGUUUUUAUUUAUUUAUUGUGUGGAAUAUUGCCCCUGGGUUUCUAAAUGAAAACCAAAAUGAAAAAGCUCAACUAUUUUGGCCUAAAAAGUAGCAUUUCUCUUGCUCCAUUUCCAGUUAAUUUAGUAAACAUCUAAAUAUUCAUUUGUAGGUGACCGCCGCUUCCUUAUCUACUUCCAUUAAAUCUAGCAAUUAAUAUCCUGUUUUGUUCCAGCUUGCUAAUAAAUACUUAAACAGCAAAGAGCAUUCUGCCCAUACCGUGACUCAUUCCUAGAACUGGGAGCAAAUAGUACAUUUAGACACCAAUCAAUAUCCCAGUCGUUAAGAACGUUGGUUUUAGAAGUAUAAGAAAAGCUUUUGAAAAUUGGUGCCUGCCUGUUAAUGAUGAGCAUUAUGCGCCAUCAUUAUAUAGUUUUAUCUUACUCUGGGGAGGGGAUAACAGAAUAAACAGGAGCAGAUGUAACCAGAUUUCCCAGCUCGUAGAUUUAUUUAUUGUCCUGCAUCUCCUAUGAUCGUCUUGGAGUUCCAAGGAUGUUUUUGGUUAUCACCAUGUGUACUAAAAAUUCUCCAUUCCAUCUGUUUGUCAAAGGACACAUUAAUGCACAGCUCUACACCUUUUGCUUCUAUCUUCAUCCCUGGAGUUUUUUUCAGCAUACCUUCCUUGUAGCCACACUUGCCUAAUUAGCUGACGUCCAGGAGGAGGUUCUGAAUGUGGGAAAUGAUUUUAACACACCUGGUGACAAACUGCGUGGCCCAAGUGCCACUGUAUCACCGCCUACAUACAACUCACUGUCCUAUCUGCAUCUGGUGGAUUUCUGCAGGGAUUUUACAUGUUACUCCACGGUUCAUGGCACAUACUCCAAAAUAGAUUAUUUGCUCCUGUCCAGGAGUUCCAUUCCCUGCUCCAAGAUGCGGAGCAUUGCAACAUGGUCUGAUCACUCCCCGGCAUCCAUCCGUCUAUUCCGACCAACUGCGAGGAUUUGGUGAUUUGAAUAAGUCUGUGCUUCAAGGCCAAGAAAUUAUCCAAGAGGUUAGUUUCUCGCACACCCCAUAUUUCGAAGACCACAAUAAUCAAGAAAAUUCCCCAGUGAUAAUGUGGGAAGCUUGUAAAUGCAUAGCCUUUGGACGUUUCAUCUCGAUAUGCUCAUGUUGUAAGAAGAUUCAAGAGACAAUCUUUAAAAUAAAAAAUAGCAGAUCUUGAGACUAAACAAAAACACUAUCUGAACCACAUAGUUGCACGCUCCUCUUGGCACAGCAGACUUUGGUCACUCCAAAAACAUUAUUGCUUAAAAAAUCACAACACAUGUUCUAUGAAUACUCCAACAAAUGUUGGUUUUACAUGUGGAAGAGACCGCAACGAUUUCAUACACCAGAUUAAACCUGAAGCAAACAAACCUACCUCCUUUGCACAGGAAAUUGAAGCGUAAUUUCACUGUUAAUAUAUCGACCUAUACAACAUACACCCUGAAUCAUCAGCUGCAGAGAUGGUUUUACAGAACAGGAAGAGUUUCUGGCCCUAACAGGUUUUUACACACACAAAUAGUACAAAGUAUUUGGAGAAAUUCUGCAACUGUGCCUAUUUGCUUCUUUUAACACCUUACUUCACCAGGGAAUGUUGGGAAGAGAUCCCGUUACUGCACACAUCACGGUAAGGCCCUGAGUUGUGCUCCAGCUAUUGACCAAUGUCACUGCUGUAUUGUGAUGUUAAAAUCCUGCUUCUCGUUUAAAAGAGGGUCUUUAUUCCCUUUUCUGCUCAGAGUGGCUUCAUACCUUGAAGGGAAGCUAAAGCUAACACAAUAAUUUUUAAUAGCAUGCCAUUAGCAAGGUUAUCACAAUGCCGUCUGGUCCUCCUUUCUACGAAUGCAGAAAAGGCUGUCGAUUGGGUGGACUGGAAGAUUUUGUACCUAACCCUUCGUAAGAUGGGAAUGGGGUAGAACUUCUGUAAACGCAUCCGAGCACUAGACUCCCUUCCAACAGCAAAGGUGACAAUUAACAGAUGGUCUCUCAGACCCGUAAAGAUCUCAAAUGGUACCUGCCAGGGAUGUCCCAUCUCACCCUUCUUUUUUAUUUUUUUUUUUUUUAUUUUUUUUUACACUGGGGCUAUUUUGGAAGCCAUUCAGCAAAACUGGGAUAUUCAGACAUUUUCAGUACGCUGAGUUUGAACAUAAAAUUUCCAAAUAUCCUGACAACCUAAUUUUCUACGUCGAACAACUUUAAACAAAACUAAAUUUGGAUAAAUCAAAGGUGCUCAACCUCUCUGUCAAUACUCCGGAGGCAGAACAUCUCUUCAUGCAAUUUUCACUUCAGGUACUUAAGGGUGCAUGUUCAUAAGGAUUCACAAAAAAAACUCUUCUGGCUUAAUUUCCUACCAAUGCUAACCAGAUUUCAGGACGAUACAAAUGCCUGGUCGGUACCACAUUUCUCUUGGUUUGGACGUUUUUAUAUUCUAUUAUCUAAAACGAACCUUCUGCCCAGACUACUUUACUUGUUGCAAACCAUACCAGUACAUCUACCACAGGCCUAUUUCUUCUCGCUUAACUUGGCACUGGUUUGCAACUUAUGGAAAGGGGUUUUCCGUAUUUCCCAAAAUAUUUCCAGGCGACACACCUUGCACGUAUAGUAAAUAGAAUCAUGGCAAAUGCCCUUGUCAUUUCACAUUGAUAAAGGGUCUGUGACCCAAGACCUUUGUGUUCUGCAUGUCCUUCGUUAAAUAUACAGCACUGAGGUGCAUCUAAAUCUUUGUGCCUGCGCUUGUUAAUUUUCUUAUUUUUGACCUUUUCUCAUGGUUGAUUCAGUAAGCAUCAAUAUUUUUGUUGUAGAAAAGAGGAUUACUAGAUUUAAUGCCAUUCCAUAAAAAUCCCAUAAUAUAGUAACGUGAAUAGGCAUUAGAGUAAGUUGUAAAUUGUAGCCCCAGCUGUUAGUGACAGGCUAAACACCAUGACAAUUAUAAAACAUUGUAGUGGUAAUGGUGAUAGGAGACUCCUGGCACCAUCCCCCAAAUACACUGUACUUGUUAUGUUUAGAGUGCCCCUUUAAGGUUCUUAAACAGCUGGAGCAGACAAAAUGUGGGGGUUUAAUUAAAUACCAACAGGAGAGGGUGACUUUAUUUUAUUUUUUAAAGGAACACUAUUGGGUCAGGAGCACAUAGCGUUAAAACCACCAUUUAGUUGGCUUGCCCCCUGUUAACCACUUUAAAAUGUAAUAAAACUUACCUUAUUUCCAGUGCCGCGCGAGUCCACUGGCUCUGCCUCGUGCUGAUAUCAUCUGAAUUUAUGAUUUUUAGCCAAGCCAAUGCUUUCCCACAGGAAGAUCAUUGGAUUAGCUAAAAUCGGCAAGGUGGUGGAGCCGGGCCAAAUGCCGGCUUGGCCAAUCAGCACCUCCUCAUAGAGAUGCAUUGAAUUCAAUCAUCUCUAUGAGGAAAAAUCCGCAUGGAGACGCUGAACGGCAGCGCUGCACACUGUGCAGCACUGACCCAUGAAGCACCUCCAGUGGCCGCUGAAGGCGUCUCUAUGGAGCAAUGUAAACACUGCCUUUUCUAUGAAAAUACUGUGUUUACCUUUUUAAAAUGCCUACAGAGAAUGAUUUUUCUCCCCAGAACAACUACAUUAAGCUGUAGUUGUUCUGGUGACUAUAGGGUCCCUUUUAAUUUUUAUUUCCUUUUUUUGUUCACCCUAGUGUUCAAAGAAUGACACAAGGGAUCAGAUUGACCUGAGCAGACCACUAACAGAUACACCUCAUGCAAAGUAAACAGUAAACAGUUGCUUUUGUAACCAGUUAAAUGUAAAACUCUAAUUUCAUUACAUUGUAUCCACUCUCGCCCUUUUAUACAUUUUUGGCUGGUGCAGGUUUCCAUGGUGACAUCUCUCCGCUAUGGGUUACCCCAGAAGAAGCCCCCUGCGGUGCCUAGUUGGAGUUGCUUUGCUUGUGUUGUUCUGUGACCCCGGGGCUGGCAAGCAGGAGCCAUGUCAAACCUGCCGUAACCUGGUUUUCAACAUUCAUAAGGUAAGUGUUGUAUUUUCUUACUGCCUCUACAUACUGAUGUUCAGCAUUGAAAAAGCCACACUAUGUUUUUUGGGGUUUUAUUUGGUUUGUGUAUUUGUAUCAGAGUGAUUGGUAAAUAGUGCUCCGACUGCAGCCUUCUUAGUCAAUAAAAACACAAAUUAAUAUAUAAACAAUAAAAAUUCAUAAACGCGCACACAUACUCCUUGGCUAGGACAUAUGAUAUAAUUGUUACCUUAAGAACUGACGGUGAAGUCUUUUUAUGGGUACACCAGAUGGGGCAAUGUAAACCAGCUUAUGUUUAGACAUUAUUUGUGCUCACUUAGGAUGCAUUCUGUCCCUGGCUCUUAUUUCCUACCUCUAUCUUGCAGUCUAUGUGAAACAAGUUUUUGUUCACUAAACAGUGAAUUGUAAUAAACUGAAAAUCAAAUUGCUAAUAUAUAAGCUUAGAAUCAAAAUUCAACAAUUCAGUCAAAUUCAUUAACUUUCUUUCUGUAGAUUUAUUGAGUUAGAAUAAUGAGGUUAUGUUACAGAAUCUAGCUCAUAUGCAUAAUGAUCAGAAUCCUUGGGACCUUUUUUGUCUAUUUUCAUCAUCCUGGAUUGCAAGAUGUGACAGCACUUGUAUGGUGACUGGUGUAAGAUAGAAACUUAGCAGUAUUUGGUUAAGCCAACAUCUUUGUGUGGCUACUUGUGACAGGCAUUCAGUGGGAAAGGACAUCACAUACAGGGAGAGUGGGGGGAAACAUUCAAAGACCAGGAAGAGGGACAGGACCGAAAUGAGGGGGGAAUAUACACAUUGUUCAAAUAGGAUGCGGUAUGGAUGGUAAAGAAGUGGAGUUUAGUCACAACACAUGACCAUCUGAUUUUAGCUUGUUGUCUUUAAAGUUCAUUUGGCAGUAACAAACCUCAAACCAUAAAACCGAACACCUGAGAUCAAGCAGGGAUAUUAGGAUAUUAAAUAUGUAUUAACCUGCAGCUGAACAAGUAAAAUACAGACAGACAUGGGGAAUACAUACUGAAAAAUGAACGUGGAACACAGGGAAAGAAUGCAAAUCCUUUUGGUAUGAACUGACCUAAGCAGGCAAGGUUGAAACAGUCAGAUUCAUCAAGUUUAAUCUUUUUCACGGACACAAUUCACUUAUUGAUUCGUGCUUCUUGGUUGUACCUUUUUAGGGCAUAGAGAAAACAGCUGGAUUGAAUUUUGGUGGAGGAAACACAGCAUGGGAGGAGGAAAAACUAUCAAAAUAUGAGACCAGGUAAACGGAUUGUACAUUUAUUUGUUUAUUCUCUGUGCCUUCAGUGUGUGGUAUAUGGGAUCUGAGAUUUAACUCCUAUAAAUCUGGCUCUUGUUUGGGUGAAGUGAGGGAAGCAAAUAACAAUUGAUGGAGUGAAAACUUUACUUGUUUUUGUUAUUUAAGCAAUGGCAGCGUGAGUUUCUUUAUCUUAUCAAAUAUAUACAAUUUCAGUGACAUAUGACUAUUUUAAAUCAUUCUCAUUAAUGUCUAGAAAUGCACGGCUAUAUAGUCAGAAAUAUUAAGAGGAAAUAAUACCGUUACUGGAUAGAACCAAGAGGUGAAGCGGACACUAUGAGCACCCUAGAUCAGGGAGUGACAAAUUUGCUUGGAAUAUAGGAGUCGACAUCAAAAGCUAGGAACCAUUUAAAAAAUAAAAAAAAUAUUUAAACGGUUAAAGGGACACUAUAGUCACCUGAACAACUUUAGCUUAAUGAAGCAGUUUUCGUGUAUAGAACAUGCCCCUGCAGCCUCACUGCUCAAUCCUCUGCCAUUUAGGAGUUAAAUCCCUUUGUUUAUGAACCCUAGUCACACCUCCCUGCAUGUGACUUGCACAGCCUUCCAGAAACACUUCCUGUAAAGAGAACCCUAUUUAGGCUUUCUUUAUUGCAAGUUCUGUUUAAUUAAGAUUUUCUUAUCCUCUUAUCCCCUGCUAUGUUAAUAGCUUGCUAGACCCUGCAAGAGCCUCCUGUAUGUGAUUAAAGUUCAUUUUAGAGAUUGAGAUACAAUUUAUUUAAGGUAAAUUACAUCUGUUUGAAAGUGAAACCAGUUUUUUUUUUAUUUUUUUUUCAUGCAGGCUCUGUCAAUCAUAGCCAGGGGAGGUGUGGCUAGAGCUGCAUAAACAGAAACAAAGUGAUUUUACUCCUAAAUGACAGUGAAUUGAGCAGUGAAAUUGCAGGGGAAUGAUCUAUACACUAAAACGGCUAUAUUUAGCUAAAGUAAUUUAGGUGACUAUAGUGUUCCUUUAAACUCUCCAACAUAAACUGCAGGUGCUCUCUCGGCUUUCAAUACCACACUUCAGCAGCUAAUUUGCUUAAAAAUAAAUUUAUUCCAGGUACUCGGCAGUGGAGUUGAAACUGGCACCAUCAAGCCUCUUUAUUGUCGGAUCAAAAACUUAAAUAGUCCCUCCUUUCUCUCACCUCUCUCUACCCUUCUCUGAAACAUUUAUCAAUGACAUUUUGUACAUCUAGGGUGCAUGACAUGUGUGAUUUUAUUUGUAUGUCUACAUAAUGCUCAAUUUUAAAAAGCAUUGAUUUCUAUACGGAUGACAUUAAGUAUGAUCAAAUAACAUUGUCUUUUUGUAUACGUGACUUGUAUAAAAAUUCAAAAUAGAAAUAUUUUAAUUAAAAAAGGGCCACAUCUGAUGCGUUUUGCAUCAGUUCCCCACUUAGGAACAGAAGCAAAUACAAUUAACAACAUGUAUAUUCUAUAGGGCGCAUUACGUGCAUGAUUACAAUGUUCUCAUUUUAUUUAUUUUUGUGAAUGGCUAGCUGCAAAGUCUGGUUUUAUAAGAUUUUCUCUCUUGACUGUUCCAAACCUGAACUUGCAAAACAAGUCUAUGUGUAUGGGGUCAGGAAGAUAUUAUUUGGUUUACUGAUACAGAAGAAGAAAACACUUUUUUGAAGUCUUGGGAACAUUACAAAGUUUAUGAUUCUAUGUAUUAAGAAACACGCACAUCAUUUUGUGUGUGCACGUUUUACAUAUACAUUGUGUAAGUUUUCAUUACUUGUACCUGCAUAUUAACACAAAGAGCAAAUUGUGUGCCUGCAAAUCAAUAUAUAAAACACGUGCAAACAUCGAAGAACUGUAGUUGCUGCUCAUUUAACUCUUAGAAUGGGGUAAGCGUGACAUUUUUAGACCGUUUGGGUUAUCAUUUUAAGUACCAGAGAUUGCGGUUUCAGAAUCUCUAACAUCUGGCCUGGGAUUUUCAUGCCCUAGAUCUUAAAGAGCAUUGUGAGAUUAACUAAAACAUCCAGUGCUGCUUUAAUCAUAAAGACUUGAAAGAUGUGUGUGUCCAUUCUUGAUUUCCUUAGGGACUUGCAGAUGGUAGGGUCAUAAUAUUGAAAAACAUGUAAAUCCACGGAUUAGUCCUGAUUGUAUAUAUUUUACAGGAUGGUGAAAGCACAAAUCAUCUCAAACUGGUUACAGGCAUGGCACUAGCCUCCAAUUACUCCAAUAUUAUCUCAUACCAGUGGAGAACCUUUAGGGUGAGGUGGAAUGACUGCCUCCUAGCAUUUGUUAUCCAGACAAUUUGGAUGCUACAUUUACAGAGGUACUUUUGCUAGGUUUACUAUUCUAUCAGGGUUAUAAACUAAAAUGAGAAUUCAAAGUGAAUUUCAAAUGUACGGUCAGAGAAUUCUUACAGUUCUGUCCAAGUCCACUAUGCUUUAAGUUCAGCUACUCUGGCCUUAUAUGUGAAGUUCUCUUUGAAUUCUCACUUUAGUUAAUAACCCUGUGUGUAAUGUACCAAACUGCCUUUUAAUUGAUCCACAUGAUUUCUGUUUUUGGAACUUUUCAGAAUAUGCCUGAUUUGUGUUAAAAGUACCUUGCAAAUAAAGUUUCUAACUAUUUCUAUCAUUCAGAAAUACCCACUCAGCAGGUAAAUAGUUAAUAAACAAAGGAAUGAAACUAUAAUAAUUGCUCAAAUAAAAGGGCAGGUGAGCAAUGACACUUAGAUAACAGAUUAGGUAGGGGCUGGGAGGACUCCAUCCCCAUGUGAAUGUAUACAGCACUCUUGGAAAUGGUGGGUGGCUAGUAUUAUACAAACACAAUGGAUGGAGCAAUAUUAAUUCUUUCCUCUUCUCCAAUAUAUUGCUGUGGAGAUAGAGAGAUAUACAACAAUAGUGUAAAUCAAUUACAAUAUAUAUUAAAGUGCAGUAGGUGCAAGGAAACACUCACAAAAUUAGAGCCAUAGGACCUGGCUCUGGUGUGGAUAGCUUCUGGAUCUAUUAUAGGGUGAUCCUUAACCCUUCUGUCGCUGGUAUGGUUUCCAAUGUAUAGAAGAGGAUCCAAAAGAUGGAGUGAUAAAAAACUACUUUAUUAUAAAAAAUAUAUACAUAAAAUAAUGAAGGAUAAAAUAUAUGUAGUAAAUAGCAAGCCAAUACGCGUUUCGCCAAUUGUGGCUUCCUCAGUCAGCUUCCAGUAUUAAGUCCAGUUAUUGUCUUUAUAUAAGUCCUUAUUUGAUAAUGUUUCGCGGCAAAAAACUGCUGUGGAACGCAUGUAUGCGUUCCAUAUCUUCAUUUGCAUCCAUUUCCUCCCUUCCGGUCGCGCCGAUACUGUGACGUCACUUCCGGGUUAGACGUCACUUCCGAAUUCUUCCUCUGAGUGGAACGCACUAAGCGUUCCACUCCUUCUGAUACCUCCGGUUUCUAUAAGGACCUCUAUGGGACGCAAAAUUACAUUUUAAUUUCCCUCCUUCUGUUCAUAUGAUUGGGCACUUCAAUGGAACGCAAAUAUGCGUUUCAAACUCUUCCUCUUUUCCCUCUACACCAUAGGAUCUCAUAAGUAAGGGCAUAGUCAAUUAUAUAAAAACAUAAAAACAUAAUAAAUUCAUCUUUUGAACAUAUUGUUAGAAUACAGCCAUGUAGAGAAGUGCCUAAUUCUUAAAGUGACCAUGCUUAUUUCAUGAACAAAGUGCAUAUUAAAAAAAAACAGUGUAUUUUUGAAAAACAGUGAGUUUUAGAAAAAAAGUGAAUUUUAGAAAGACAAUAAAUAUCUCUUAAAGUGACCAUGCAGUUAUUGUCAUAGUGAAUAUGCAGGUGAUAAAAUGAAUGUCUUAAUGGGAUAUCUUACUUAUAUUCUAUAUAAAACAUACUUUUGGUUUCAUUAUGUGUAAAAGUUAUGUCCCUAUUAUCUCUUUUUUUAUAUUAUAAAAUCGUAAUAUAUUAAAACUGUCAGUCGAUUCAUAAAAAAUGACAUAACUCAAAAUCUUGAUUAAGUCCAUGUGGAAUCAAUGUUUUUAGAUUAUAAAUACACUUCAUCUCCUCCUCUCCGAUCUUUUUAUUAAAGUCACCCCCCCUCCAAUCUCUAUGUAUUGCUUUUAUUGCACAAAAGGACAUAUUUUUUGGAUCUUUAUUAUGGUAUAAAUUAAAAUGGUUGGAAACACUAUGUGUCUCCAGUCCUUUUUUUAUAUUUCUAAUAUGUUCUUCAAUUCUUAUGUGUACAUUUCUAAUUGUUCUUCCUACAUAUAUAAGAUCGCAGGGACAUUUUAAAAUAUAGAUAACAUUUUUGGAAAAGCAUGCUUUUCCAAAAAUGUUAUCUAUAUUUUAAAAUGUCCCUGCGAUCUUAUAUAUGUAGGAAGAACAAUUAGAAAUGUACACAUAAGAAUUGAAGAACAUAUUAGAAAUAUAAAAAAAGGACUGGAGACACAUAGUGUUUCCAACCAUUUUAAUUUAUACCAUAAUAAAGAUCCAAAAAAUAUGUCCUUUUGUGCAAUAAAAGCAAUACAUAGAGAUUGGAGGGGGGGUGACUUUAAUAAAAAGAUCGGAGAGGAGGAGAUGAAGUGUAUUUAUAAUCUAAAAACAUUGAUUCCACAUGGACUUAAUCAAGAUUUUGAGUUAUGUCAUUUUUUAUGAAUCGACUGACAGUUUUAAUAUAUUACGAUUUUAUAAUAUAAAAAAAGAGAUAAUAGGGACAUAACUUUUACACAUAAUGAAACCAAAAGUAUGUUUUAUAUAGAAUAUAAGUAAGAUAUCCCAUUAAGACAUUCAUUUUAUCACCUGCAUAUUCACUAUGACAAUAACUGCAUGGUCACUUUAAGAGAUAUUUAUUGUCUUUCUAAAAUUCACUUUUUUUCUAAAACUCACUGUUUUUCAAAAAUACACUGUUUUUUUUUAAUAUGCACUUUGUUCAUGAAAUAAGCAUGGUCACUUUAAGAAUUAGGCACUUCUCUACAUGGCUGUAUUCUAACAAUAUGUUCAAAAGAUGAAUUUAUUAUGUUUUUAUGUUUUUAUAUAAUUGACUAUGCCCUUACUUAUGAGAUCCUAUGGUGUAGAGGGAAAAGAGGAAGAGUUUGAAACGCAUAUUUGCGUUCCAUUGAAGUGCCCAAUCAUAUGAACAGAAGGAGGGAAAUUAAAAUGUAAUUUUGCGUCCCAUAGAGGUCCUUAUAGAAACCGGAGGUAUCAGAAGGAGUGGAACGCUUAGUGCGUUCCACUCAGAGGAAGAAUUCGGAAGUGACGUCUAACCCGGAAGUGACGUCACAGUAUCGGCGCGACCGGAAGGGAGGAAAUGGAUGCAAAUGAAGAUAUGGAACGCAUACAUGCGUUCCACAGCAGUUUUUUGCCGCGAAACAUUAUCAAAUAAGGACUUAUAUAAAGACAAUAACUGGACUUAAUACUGGAAGCUGACUGAGGAAGCCACAAUUGGCGAAACGCGUAUUGGCUUGCUAUUUACUACAUAUACUUUAUCCUUCAUUAUUUUAUGUAUAUAUUUUUUAUAAUAAAGUAGUUUUUUAUCACUCCAUCUUUUGGAUCCUCUUCUAUACAUUGGAAACCAUACCAGCGACAGAAGGGUUAAGGAUCACCCUAUAAUAGAUCCAGAAGCUAUCCACACCAGAGCCAGGUCCUAUGGCUCUAAUUUUGUGAGUGUUUCCUUGCACCUACUGCACUUUAAUAUAUAUUGUAAUUGAUUUACACUAUUGUUGUAUAUCUCUCUAUCUCCACAGCAAUAUAUUGGAGAAGAGGAAAGAAUUAAUAUUGCUCCAUCCAUUGUGUUUGUAUUGUAUGUAUUUAUUUGUGUUGGUAUAGGGGAUACCACACGGGUGUUUGAGCUAUUAUAGUCACCUACUGUGCCAUUUCUUGCAUUUGUGGUGGCUAGUAUUAUGCUAUGGGGACUGUGCAUACCUUUUCCUAAAAUUGGUUUUAGAGGGUUAUUAAAAGUCAGACCUAGCAAUUCCUUUUCAUGAUAUUAAAUGGAUCCCAAGGUUGGUCCUUGUUUGUGUUUGCAUUGGGAAUGAGGGGGCCAUUCUAAAAGCCCAUUUUACUAUUUUGGUGACAGAGAGGAGAGUGGGUCAGUAGCUGCCUCCUGCUCUGUUUACACUCACACUACAGCUUAUGGUGUGGGGAAAUAGGAACCUUUUCACCCCAAACUCCUGAAUUAAGGCUUUCAAAUACAGCGACAAUGUAGCUCUGAGAGGCCAUUAAUAUUUACUGUAACUAAAAUGCAUACCGAGUGUGUGUGUGUGUGCGUGUGUAUAUGUAAUCCCUUGGCCUAGGGCAGGAGUGGCUAAUUGUUUCAUCCCCAGCUUCUGAGGAACUACAUGUCCCAGGAUAGCAAAGCAAAAUGGGAGAUAAAGCUGCCUCUUUAGCCAUCUGUUGACUGUCUCUUCUAAUUUAGUAUUUUUUCCCCUUUUCUUUCUGAUCAGUAAGUGGUGCUGUAGUAUUACAUUCUGUCUGGGAAUAGCAUGCAACUCUAUGAACAGAUUGUUAUUUUUUUUUUGUGUGUGUGCAUUCAGCGAGACACGGUUUCUGGAGGUGAUCGAAUCGGCUUGUGACAAGUCAGACUUUGAGUGCAACGUGAUGGUGGAGGCUAAUGAUGAACACUUGGAGAACUGGUGGUUGAAGAGGUGAGUUACUAGAAGGGUACAAUAUUUUUCAAGCCAAUAGAAAUGCUUGAGGUGUGCAUAAUUCUCAAAUACACUCUAUCUGUCAAAAGGGAAAUGCUUACAGUUUGUUUUGUUUACUUAAAUAAUAGCAUCUAUUUAACUACAGAUGCCAGAUGUAUUUAGGCCACUCUUUUAUCACAUCUAAUUUACAUUUUAGGCAGAAGGAGAAUCCUGAUCUCUUCCAGUGGCUUUGCAUGGACACACUGCAGUUGUGCUGCCCUGAAGGAACAUUUGGCCCAGAUUGUGCUUGUAAGUUGUCCUUUAGUUGGUUAUGGCAAGACUCACAUACCCAUAUAUUAACCCUCUUCAAGCAAACUACAACUUCAAUAAACUCUAACAACCAAAAGAUAAAUAGGUGGCAAAUAUUCAUGGCGUUUGACUGCUUCUGCUAUAGACUGAGACUGACCAAUCAAAUAUAGUUAUUCUUCAACAUGAGAGCUACAAUAGCUGUAGCUAUGGAUUGGAUACAUUUCUUUGCACCAUUAUCGCUCUUUUUUUCCUAUCACAGCCUGUCCUGGUGGUGCCGAGCUGCCCUGCAGUGGAAAUGGGAAAUGUAACGGGGAUGGUACCCGAUCCGGCACUGGGAGAUGUGACUGUUACCCCAGCUAUGGUGGUCCGAUCUGUAUGGAUUGCGCAAUUGGAUAUUAUGAGCACGAGAGAACUGAGAGCCAUCUGGUAUGUUCUGGUAUGUAAAGGGGAGAUAAUGCAUGUUCAACUGUGUUGUAAAGGGUACUUAAAGGGACAAUGCAAGGAGGAUAUACUGCUCCUUUUAUAGAUAAUAGAUUAUGAAAUAUAUAAGUGAAAUCUCUGAAUCUUCAUUUUUGCUACGUUUCCUUUGGAAUCUGAACCAUCUCUUCUGAUUCUCAUUCAAACCGGGAUCUGGCUCGGAUCUUGUUCUAUGGAAGUAGUAAGAAGAUCUGUGUUUAUGACUGACUGACUACACAGAAAUACACACUAGUUUCUGAUAAGAGUCCUAGAAAGUUCCACUGCACGUGAGGCUUGUAGUUGACAAAUGCAGGUUCCCAUAAUUAAGAAAUUGUCUCAAGAAUUGUAAUAUCUGCUGGUCAGGGGAAACAAAAGCUUUUCACUGACCAAGUUACUGAUUCUGCAAGCAAAAAGGGCUUUCUCUGCCUGCUAUUUCAGAAAAUACUGACCCAGAUUUCCCAGUGCUCUCCUGAGGUUCUCCCUGACUGCGAGUACCAGGAAGAAGUGACAGUCACCUUAUUGGACCUGAUGCAACUGGGAGAGUGGUGGGAGAUCAGAUGCUAUUUCUAACACUAGGCUCUGCAUCAGCCCACCUUUUUAGAUAUCUGUGUCUCCGUGUGCAGCUCAUUGGGCGUAUGUGAGUGAGGCUGAUGCGAUAUUACGGUCAGUGUGAUUAAUUGUGAGAGAGUGCAGCAAUCUAAGGGUGCGUGUGUGACAACUGCUUGCAAUCGCCAUAGUUAAUCUCAUCAAUUUUAAUUCUGAUGACAUAUUCCUUUUAAAUUUCAAAGUACAUCUUUUAUUAAUUUCUUCCAAAUUAGAUUAGGGAACAAUUAUGGGGCUAAAUUACAUUUUGAAUAAUUUAGCCUUAUAUUCUGCACAUUUCUCUCUUUAUAAUUUUGAUGCCAAGUGUAUAAACCAAGUAAAAGUAAGACAUCCGGCUAAAACACCAUUAAAUGUAGCCAUCGUUCACAGACCACUGGUGAUUAGUGUAAGUUCCUAAGGUCACCUACCAUUUGGUGGGAACAUAAUGCAUUAAACUAUGUGACCGUUUGUAAAGUCUGAAUUUUUGUAUGGUUUCUGCUGUUCAGUUCUGUGUCUAUACUUGCAGAGUGCCACAAGGCAUGCAGCAAAUGUGUGGGCCCUGACAACGACCAGUGCAUUCUCUGCAGGAAGGGUUGGCUUUUACAUGACCAUAAGUGUAUAGGUAAGUAGCCUCAUUGGUCUGAAUCUGAAUUUUCUUAGAUUCUAAUUUAAAAUAUUUUUUAUUAUUGAAACUCUUCAGCAGAUGAGAUAAGCCUGUUCUAAGAGUUGAAGUGAAGUACAGAGUUGAAAUGGGUGGCAUGGUCCUGCGUUAUACACAGGCCUUCUAGUGGAGUGUUGCAGCACCAAAAUAGGUAGGGCAUAUGAAUGGAAAAAAAUAAAAUGCUGCAACUGAAAGUAGCCCUACAUAUCAGUCCACGCCAGACUGGGGGGAUUUCUGAGUUAUUUUUUUAUCCACUAUAUGCCUAGGGCAGCAGAUGUUUGCUGGAUCAAAUGUAUUUUUUUUUAUUUUUUUUAAUCUAGAAAUUUAAAGGGCCACUUUCAGCACUCAGAUCACUUCAUUUCAACAGUGGUCUGGUUGCAGUGACCCUGACAUUUUUAGUCCUGCUGUUUUUGUAGAUACAGCAAUGUUUUUUUGUUUUUGUUUUUGUUUUUUUUUUGAAGGGCUUAGAUAUCCUGACAUCGAGUGGAGGAUGCUUCCACUGCUAUAACAGAGUCUGAAUCAGUUGUGUGACAUUCAAUAUCCUUACGCAUUGCUCUUGAGGAUGUUGAACAUGCUCAAAUGCUUAUCAUAGAGAAGCAUUUAAUUGGACAAGCCUUACUCUUGCUGCACAUGCAUUUCUCAUCCCUAAUGCUUCUCUAUGUGAAGCAUUUUAUGUAAAAAAAAUGAUAAAAAUUUGUAUCUUGUAAUACCUUUUUUAUUGGGCUAACACAAUUAAUGACAUGCUUUCGGGAAAACCUCCCUUUCUCAAGUCUAAAGCAUUUCUGAGCAAGACGACACACAGAAUUCAAAGUCGAGUUGUGAUACGGGGUUAAAGUGACCCCUGUAUCACAACUCAACUUUGAAUUCUAUGUGUUGCCUCACUGUACUAAUACGGCUACAAUCUCUACUUGAAGCAUUUAAUGGAAGAGAAGGUGAAGAUUGGUGGCUGCUUUGGGUGAGUCAGUCACUGUGCUGGAAAAAUGGAAAGUAAAACAUGUAGUGUUCCUUUAAUCACAUGUUAUUUUUUGUUCAGACACUGCUUGGCUCUACUCAGUUUGAGUAUCAUGACAUCGGUUUCUAUAUUUGUAUGUUCUCUAUGUAAUCACCAAUUUCUAGAAUACCAUUUUGAUCUGCCAUGCUUCUAGCAUAAUAAAAUGUUAACAAUAUAAUUAUAUCCAAAGCAAUGGUUCUACAUUUGGCACUUCGUCUCCGUAAGAGUACUGAGUAUUUGUAUGAAUUUAUCUUUCAGACAUAGAUGAGUGCGGCACAGAAUUGGAUCGAUGUAAAUCUAACCAGUUCUGUGUUAAUACUGAUGGAUCCUAUGAAUGCCGAGGUCUGUACCCAUCAUAUUGCUUGUUUAUAUUCAUGUAAUUAAGUGAGAAGUCGAAAAGGGAUCAAAUGAAGAAAAAGCUAACUUUACAUGUAUAUAACUUCAUAUAAUAUGACAUCUACACUUUCAGAGUUAAAUGUUAUCGGUCUGUAAAGGAGGAUGAGUAAUGAAUCAAAAAUAGUGCCUUAUAAACCUCCAGAGAUUGAUUAUACACAUGACGAGAUUAUAGAGUUUGCAAAAAGAGAAAAAAAAAGGACCACACUCCAGUCAUGUGAAAAUGCAGGUGCUAAACUGGACCCAGGGCCAGCACCAGCCCCAGGGAGUAGAUAUCGGUGGUAGAAAGAGGAUCCAGGCACUCCAAGUAUCUUCAAUUGUAUUCAUUUGGAUAAGUGAGACACUGCAAUGUUUCGACCCCUGAAAGGGUCUUUGUCAAGCUUGACAAAGACUCUUUCAGGAGUCGAAACAUUGAGGUUUUCUUACUUAUCCAAAUAAAUACAAUUUGAAGAUAAUUGGAGUCCCUGGAUCCUGUUUCUACCACUGAGAUUAUAGAGUUUGGCUUUAUCACAAAUUAGCUGCAUGUAAACAAAAUGUGUGCUCCAAUACCAAGAUACUGAUAUAGUUAUUUAGACAUCACCCAAACUCUAAAAGUUCAAUUUUAACCCUUUGUAGGUAUUGUGCUCCUGUCAGGUGUUUCCACUUGUUCAUUUUCUAAUAAAGUAGCAGCAUAGACUUUUAUUAUUGUAUUUUUUUUGUAAUUGCAGUAAUUUCCUUCAAACAUUGGGUCUUUAGUAAGAAUGUUUCUCAAUGGUUUUCUUUCACUUUUCUGGUUAUCUUUUUGUCUCUAAUUUCAGACUGUGACAAAUCAUGCAUUGGCUGCAUGGGAUCAGGACCAGCCCGGUGUAAGAAAUGCAAUGUAGGGUAUUACAGAGAUGGGGCCAAAUGUCUUGGUAAGAUUUGCUGUACAAAUCACAACUGCUUAUAUAUGUGUGUGUUCAUGGUUUUGUAUAGAUUUAAUUACAUGAUCUGCCCUUACACAAACACUAAAGAUUGACCCUAUUACAAUACUCGGACAUUUGCACUAACCAUAGCCUAAAAUAUCAUGUAAUUUAAGACAUAUAACCGUGAACCACGUAUCCGAGGACAAUAAUGCAAUCUCGGGGUUGUGAGGACCUUUAUAAAUCACUAGAUCUUCACUUUACUGUUUAUGUAUUUCUUUUCUGUUUCUGCACCUUAUUCUUAUGAAAUUGGAUAUAUGAAUAGCGUUGACCUCCCUUUUUAAUGAUAUAUUUAUCAGUUAUAGUUUUUUUGCAGAUACAUACAUUGGCUUCUAUUUAUUUACUAAAUACCUCCAUUUAAGUUCAAUGAAUGGAGAUAAUUCUGUCUAUGGCACAGGCUGUCUGAGAAUGUGUACCAGAGAUAGUGUGGGAACUUGUAUGGUGUGUACACAAGCAGAUCUGUGAUAUUUUAUCCCGAAAAUCCGAAUGUCAGCGCUUACUGGAUAUACACAGAGUACAAAUUAGUCCACUGGUAUCACAUGCUUCUAUCAUAUAUGUAAACCAGAAAUACAACCUUAAAUUAGAAAUUCACCUUGAAUUCACUUUGAAUUGUCACUUUAGUAAAAUAAUCCUGUUACUCCUUUCUUUGAAAUCUUCACUGUCACGAUUCUGAAAGUUUCCAAAGAACUCGAGCACCAUAGUUUAUAGUACCACCGGUGAUACCAGUAGGCUUAUGGCAUACGGAGAUCUUUUGUGCAAAUGACAUUUUCAAGGUUCCUUAAAGAAGAAAAGUAAAAUGUGUUAUUCGUGUGAAAGCACUCACAUAUUUUUACUCUUCCCUGUGGAUAUAUUCACCAUUCCAUGGAUCAGUGGUUUUCAGCCAGUGUGAUGUGACAUUGAUUUUAGGCUUGUACAAGGCCAAAGGUCCUUAAUAUUGUGUGUUUCUUUUUAUUAAUUGUCAGUAGUAAAAAAAUAAAUGAACAGGGGGGCGGAGCUAGCAGCGGAGCAGAGCGGUCGCACUCACUGAGAGCUCCCCGACAUGAACCGCAAACAAAACGUUAAGGCGAUUUCAGACGUCCACCCGGGCUCAACUGCUUAUACCCGACACGGGAUUAGCCAUGGGUCGCAAACCUAAGAAAACCUGAGCAGAUAAAGAACCGACCACACACGAUAUCGGGGAACUUCUUCGACGCUCGCAAAGUCUGCAUGGGACAAGAUGGCGGCGGGAGAUGACGGAUACUCACUCUCAUCUGAUGAUUUCUCCAUAGAUCCUGGAGAAGGUAUGGCACAAUCCCCUCCACCCGACCCAAGGCCCUCACAUACCCCUGCAGAAGACCCUGUCACAGCCACAAUACUUAUGAGCAUGCUGGCAGAGCUCAGAACCAACAUAGCAGCAGACAUGGCCGGUAUAAAAGAUGCAGUGGAGGGGGUCACUACCAGGGUCCUGCGGCUGGAGGCGUCAACUACCUCCCAAGACGCAAGGAUAGUAUCCUUAGAACAAGCAUUAACUGAGGUGCAAUCACAACAAAGCAUACCAAACAGGAUAAACACCCUUGAGGACCAACAAAGGCGCUAUAAUAUCAAGAUCCGAGGCAUCCCGGAUUCAAUGGGCCAGGUAGACCUACCGCACUUCAUCAGGCGCCUGCUGGCCGAUCUUUUGCCGCCCAAACAGGCAAAAGCACUGCGACUAGAUGGUAUAUUCAGAUUGCCAAAGCCCGCAACGGCACCAGCUGCGGCACAUACAGACCUGAUCCUCCAUUUUCAAAACCUGCAAAACAGAGCCCAGCUGUUGGCAGCCGCGUGGGGGAAAACCCCUCUGACAUUUGAGGGAGCCACGCUGUCCCUCUUUCAGGACCUAACUAAAAGCACCAUGGGAUAGCGCAAGACCAUGCAGCCACUCACCUCAGGAACAAGAGCAUCCAAUAUAAAUGGGGGACACCGAACAUGAUCACCUUCACGUAUCAGAAUACCACUUAACGAGCUCUGAACUACCCUGAACUGGACUCUCAACUGCGCACAGCAUGCCUACUAUCGCCCCCACGCAGGGAAAACUCGGACCUCGUCCGACUGGACCCGGCCGCGGUAGCUGACUUCAUCCCAGUGGCACCCACCCGACCACCGCACCAACGAAAGAUACCCUGAGAGACAUAGAAACAUAGAAUGUGACGGCAGAUAAGAACCAUUCGGCCCAUCUGGUCUGCCCAAUUUUCUAAAUACUUUCAUUAGUCCCUAGCCUUAUCUUAUAGUUAGGAUAGCCUUAUGCCUAUCCCACGCAUGCUUAAACUCCUUUACUGUGUUAACCUCUACCACUUCAGCUGGAAGGCUAUUCCAUGCAUCCACUACCCUCUCAGUAAAUUAAUACUUCCUGAUAUUAUUUUUAAACCUUUGCCCCUCUAAUUUAAGACUAUGUCCUCUUGUUGUGGUAGUUUUUCUUCUUUUAAAUAUAGUCUCCUCCUUUACUGUGUUGAUUCCCUUUAUAUAUUUAAAUGUUUCUAUCAUAUCCCCCCUGUCUCGUCUUUCCUCCAAGCUAUACAUGUUAAGAUCCUUUAACCUUUCCUGGUAAGUUUUAUCCCGCAAUCCAUGAACCAGUUUAGUAGCCCUUCUCUGAACCCUCUCUAAGGUAUCAAUAUCCUUCUGAAGAUACGGUCUCCAGUACUGUGUACAAUACUCCAAGUGAGGUCUCACCAGUGUUCUGUACAAUGGCAUGAGCACUUCCCUCUUUCUACUGCUAAUACCUCUCCCUAUACAACCAAGCAUUCUGCUAGCAUUUCCUGCUGCUCUAUUACAUUGUCUGCCUACCUUUAAGUCAUCAGAAAUAAUCACCCCUAAAUCCCUUUCCUCAUGUGUUGAGGUUAGGACUCUAUCAAAUAUUCUGUACUCUGCCCUUGGGUUUUUACGUCCAAGAUGCAUUAUCUUGCACUUAUCCACAUUAAAUGUCAGUUGCCACAAUUCUGACCAUUUUUCUAGUUUACCUAAAUCAUUUGUCAUUUGGCUUAUCCCUCCUGGAACAUCAACCCUGGUACAUAUGUAACCCUGUAUCAUCAGCAAAAAGACAUACCUUACCAUCAAGACCUUCUGCAAUAUCACUAAUAAAAAUAUUAAAGAGAAUGGGUCCAAGUACAGAUUCCUGAGGUACCCUACUGGUGACAAGUCCAAGCUUCGAAUAUAUUCCAUUAACCACAACCCUCUGUUGCCUGUCACUCAGCCACUGCCUUACCCAUUCAACAAUAUUGGAAUCCAAACUUAAAGAUUGCAGUUUAUUGAUAAGCCUUCUAUGUGCAACAGUGUCAAAAGCCUUACUGAAAUCUAGGUAAGCAAUGUCUACUGCACCACCCUGAUCUAUAAUUUUAGUUACCCAAUCAAAAAAAUCAAUAAGAUUAGUUUGGCAUGAUCUCCCUGAAGUAAACCCAUGUUGUCUCUGAUCUUGAAAUCCAUGUGUUUUUAGAUGUUCAUCAAUCCUAUCCUUUAACAUGGUUUCCAUCACUUUCCCCACUACUGAAGUAAGGCUUACUGGCCUAUAGUUGCCCGACUCCUCCCUAUUACCUUUCUUGUAAAUGGGCACAACAUUCGCUAACUUCCAAUCUUCUGGGACUACUCCUGUUAACAAUGAUUGCAUGGAGACAAUGCAAUAGGGGGUUUCUCCCCAGAACCCCAGAGACUGCUGAUAACUCACUCUCCGGGAUAUGGCCUCCUGCCCAAGAUGAACCUGCUCUGUUCUCUUGAGAACUUACACAUGGCCAACAUCCAAGUUCCUCCUUCCCAUAUAGUUUUGGUUGAUCAAAAUUGACUUUUUCCUAGUUCACAAAAGUCCGUAUAGGUCUCCCCGAAGUAGAUUUCACGCACCCGAGACACAUUGACAGCGGCACUCACUGCACCCUAUACCGGGGGUCGCAAAUACUCACAACCGGGUGCACUACUGACCGCAUCUGCAUUUGACUUACCUCCCCACACGAACAUAGAAGACACAGUUAAAAACAUAUCCAUUAUGACAGGAGGAUAUCCCUGGGGAGGGACAUACACCAUCCAAGUGCACCCCAUUCACGACAAGACUCACCCUCGCACACCAGGGACUAGACUGACAGUCACGUUGGGGAGACCCCACGGACCUCAUACCACACGUACAAAAAUACCCCUCCAUAGCUGGUUCUCACACAGACCCAUAAGAUACAACACAUUGUCCUAAGACAAACCCUAAGAAGGCACACUCACAGACUCCACCAGGUCUUGGACAUGCCCGAAACACUAGAAGACACCACAACUACACAAUUAAUAUGUAAAAAGUGCUAUGUGUAUAUAAAUGCCGCUACUGUACUAAUAUAUGUUGCAAAGUAUGCCUGCAUAAGCUGUUGUGGCAAUAUGGACAUUUAUGUUGAACCUGCACAACAAAAUAAAGAAUAAAAAAAAAACUGAAUUUAUUUAAAUGAUUUCUCACUUUUUUUGUUUAUCCUCAGAUAUUGAUGAGUGUGAUACUGAACUGCCAAAGUGCAAGGGUUCCAAUGAAGAGUGUGUCAACACACAGGGCAGCUAUAACUGCGUGUGUCAGAAGGGCUUCUCUAGAAUUGGUGGUAUGUGCAGAAGGGACAAAACCGAAGGUCAGUUUUGCCUAUUGCUUCAUUAUCAGGUCAAGUCAACAGUGUUUUUAUCUACCUUUGUUUUUGUGUGUGUGUGUAUAUAAUGUUUUAAUUUUUUGUUUCCUUUCUCCACCUUUACAGAUGAUGCUGAGAAGGGCCUUUUUGAGGACAUCACCGAUGAUGAGAUUGUGGUUCUGCAGCAGAUGUUUUUUGGAGUUGUGAUCUGUGCCUUGGCCACACUAGCUGCAAAAGGAGAUAUGGUUUUCACUGCAAUCUUCAUUGGCGCUGUGGCUGCCAUGGCCGGGUACUGGUUUUCAGAAAAGAGUGAUCGGGUCCUUGACAGCUUUAUGAAAGGAAGAUAGCUUCUCACUGUCUCCCAUUUCAUGUCUGAUGGAACAUUUGCACCAAACAUUGCUGAAAAGGGAGAAGUGUAUAAAACCGGGGCACCAAAGAUCUUAUUUCGAGCCUGCUUUGAAACAGAAAUACUUUGGAUGAUGGACGGUGAUUUCCAGACUUGGCUUAGUUUAAGAAGACUUGUUUAUCCAGCUUAUUGGAUACUGUGACACCAUUUAAUGAGGUCCAUCGGCUAUGGAUAUCUAUAUAAAUACGACUGUCACUUAGUAGACAGACACAACAAAAAGAUCUUUGAGAAGGAGACAUCGAAACGUCCCCGCCGGCGUAUAUUUUAGUUUUUCUAUUAUUUAUAAUCUAUUGGCAUAUGUAGUUAUAGGAUCAUGUAAAAUGAAACCUUUUUGUUCUAUUUUUUUUUAAAUUUUUUUAUUUUUUAUCUGUCCACAUCACAUCGUACAGUUAGUAAGUUCAUCAUGCAAAGACGAGCCAAUUGAUACAAAUAACUGUGGAUAUUCUACCAAAGCAUUUAUAUAUUGAAAUAAUGGAAUACUUGAUACACUGGAAUAUACUUGUACAGGUUAACCCUGGAUUAUUGUCCAUUCUGGCAUCUACAACUCUGUAGAUAAAAUGAGUUUGGUGGUAACACAAUUACACAAAUAGUUGUUGGUUGUAAACAAGAUGCUAGCCUUUGGUUGGACCAGGUCUAGGAAAUCAUUUGGACAUCUAGGUGAUGUGAUGACUCUUUUAGGUUUUUGGAAAAAGAAAUUGCAACUGAUAAUGUCUCUUUGAUUAAAAUUUAAUUUGAUGCUCCUGGGUGCCUCAUUCUCUAGACCAGGUGUCCUCAAACCUUUUAAAUUGGGCACCAGUUCACUGUCACUCAGACAAGGAUGGGGGCCAGACUAUAGUUUGAAAAAAAUUCGAACGAAUUCCUAUACAUACUGAAACAGGCAUACAUACAUACAAACAGACAGACAUACAUAUAUUGACAUACAUACAGACAAAUACAUAGACAUACUGACAUAAUACACAUACAGACAGACAUACUGACAUACAUACACAUAGCUAAUUUUUCUUUCUUUUUUUUUUUUUUGCAGGAGGGUGGCUGUGGCUGAUGGGAGUUGGCGUGACUCCUCCGUCCUCGCUGCCUGUCUCUCUUCCUUCCCGCGAGGAGGGAGCUGAGAGAAAGUGACCGGCUGUCACUUCCUCCCAGCACUACUUGCAGCUGCAAUUUUUUUUUAAAGUGGCUCGGUCGCGCUAUUGCACGGUCGCAGUGCUGACCGGGCCCCUGAAGCUAUAGGGCCCAUCGAGUGGCCCUAAAUGCUUGGGCCAGGUUCAGGACUCUGGCGGGCCAGAUCCGGCCCGUGGGCCGUAGUUUGAGGACCCCUGCUCUAGACAUUAACCUAGGAAGGGUUUCAUUAGACUUGAGUAACUGGUUAUCUUUAUUUCCUUCUUCACUACAUAUGGUGACAUUGUUAUUGUAGCACAGAAAAUGUGAGACUUGGGCAUUCAGUUUACUAACCAGUUAGUCUGAGGCUUUGGAAUUAAAUAUUCUCUUUCUAGAAUUUUAGAGGUGUACUGGAUGGCAGCUUUGGGUGAUAUCCAUCCUUUGCUAGAAUAAAAUAUGGUAAAUUGUUAAAUUUGCUAUUUUUAGCAUAAACAAAUUGCUGUUUGACAAUGCAAUUCAAACCAAAAGCUUAAGUUUGCAAUUUCUGCUUGCAAGUCCAAAAGGUGGAAUAUUUUGUAGAACUACAACUUCAAAUAUGCAAUGCUAACUCUGAACACUAUCACAACAUUGCAUGUUUGCCAUGGCCCUACACUUAAAGGACCACUAAUAGUGCCAGGAAAACAUACUAGUUUUCCUGGCACUAUAAUGCUCUGAGGGUGCCCCCACCCUCAGGGUUCCCCUCCCGCCGGGCUGGAUGGAGAGGGAGAACUUACCUCUUUCUCCAGCGCCAGGCGGGGAGCUCUCUGCCUCCUCUUCGGCUGAAUGCGCAUUCGCCGCGCGUGCAUUCAGCCAGUCUCGCAGGAAUGCAUUAUCAAUGCUUUCCUAUGGACGCUGGCGUCUUCUCACUGUGAAAAUCAGUGAGAAGCACGCAAGUGCCUCUAGCGGCUGUCAAUGAGACAGCCAUUAGAGGCUGGAUUAACCCUAAUAUAAACAUGUUUAUAGAAAAAAGGGUUAAUCCUAGAGGGACCAGGCACCCAGACCACUUCAUUAAGCUGAAGUGGUCUGGGUGCCUAUAGUGGUCCUUUAACAUUGACACUGGCUUAGAACUACAGUGAUUUAAAAAAAUAUAUCUAUCUGUAGCACUAAACUCAGAUUGUCAGUUAGGCCGCUAGAAUGCAAAUCGCUGGCUGCCAUAUAUUAUGUUGUCCAAACUGUGUGUUCAGUGUGAAAAUAUUACAUGGACACCUUGGGAUGAGCUCUCUCCUCCGCAGAAACCGUGUACAAGCGUAAAGGUUCCGAUUUUGGUCAUCCUUGCAGUUAAACCAUUUCUGUCAUCAGCUGGUAUCUUAGGAGCACAACCAUUAUUUAUCUUAACUGUUACCUCUGCAGAGAAAAAAGAAUAUAACAAUGUAAAAUUGCAAAUGGCCAUCUUGCUGGCAUGAAAAACAUAUUGUAAGCGAAAUGCCUGUGUGCAUCACUUUCAUUACUUCAUGUUUUGUUUAACUUGUCUUGUGUUGUAUGCUUCUGAGAAUAUUUGUGCCUAAAUAUUACCCAUGCAUCAACUGUUUUUGAUUUAAGUUGGCCUGUAUCACCCGAAGUGGCACUCGAUGGGUUAAAUGCUCUUCAUGGAGGAUCAAACUAUGCACAUGAGAACCUUCUGUGUUUGAGUGCGUUGUGUCUCUUGGGCAUAAAGUGUGUUUUCCACAUAGCAGUUAUUGAAUUAUUAGGUAACACUUGGCACUGACAUGGUGUGAGCUACGUUACCCAUGACGCCAACAUCUGCAGUGCCAAGCUCUCAAUGCUAUAAUGGAUUUUAUAUUGUAGAACAUACUCUGGUAUAUUCUGCUGGACAUGUUGCACUAUAUCUAUUUUACCUGUGGUUUUUUUUUUUUUUGUGUGUGUUUUUAAUUGUUAUUUAAUGCCUUUUAUGAGAAUACUUGAUGUAUUUUAAAAAGUUAAAGAAGAAAAUGCAAGAUGUGUAGAAAAGGGAAUGGGUUUAUUUAUACAUAUCACUAAAAACGUAAAUUAAAAAAAUAAUUGACUCCCAAGCUAUGCCUGCCCUAUUGUGCUAGUAUUUGUGAAAGACUAAGUUUGGAGUUGCAAAAUUUGAACCAAAAUAUAUUUAUAUAUAUAUAUAUAUAUAUAUAUAUUCCCUAAAAUAUUUGCUGUUUCUGUUGGCUUUGCUGUUUUUUGACAACUCAUGAUUUAUUACAAAAAAACUAAAACUAUACAAUCAUGGUGAGUUAUCAGCGAUUUAAAGGACAACUCUCACCUCAGAACAAAUUUUAAUGUAACAAACUUUUCAUCAAUUUUGAAAGGAAAUAUUUCUUUGUUUUUAAAGAAGUACGUGAAAAGAAAUGAGAAUCACCGACUGGCACAUCCAACCGACAGAAAAACUCUGGGUAAAAGCCAAGGUGAUACAGGCUGAGGGGAAAAUCCCCUCGCAGCUAUGGAGGACGGGAACUCCAUUUAGUGCCCUCAAGACGGGCAACCCCCUGCUCGACGCAACCCUGAAGACUUGGUACACCCUCAGAUACCCACAACAGCUGACCACUCACUCCAGCCCGCUAACGCCCCUCACCUGUAACCCAGACAUAGGGAGAGGACUGGUACCGGCAGACCUAAAAAACUUCACUCUAUCAGACUGGAUCUACAUACGCCAAUGGUGCGACAAUGGCACCCUCAAAUCCCUAACAGACCUGCUCCCAGACACCACCCCAACGACCCUCAAUCUGUUCCGAUACCUACAGGUCAAGUCCUACUACUCCACAUCAGCAUCCAAACGACAAUUCCACCGAGAUCUCAAUCCCUUUGAAAAACUGCACAACCAGGCGACACCUGGAACGGGGGAUCUCGAGGCUGUACGCAAUGCUUAUGGAAGGAGAAAACAGACCGCCACCGAAAUUCAUCGCGAGAUGGGAGAGAGAUACCCUGACUGCCCAAGAAUAGGAUCAAAUAUUCUUGCUCACUCAUAAAAGCUCCAUUAGCUCAAAAUACCAGGAGAUGAGCUACAAGGUGCUGACGACCUGGUACCGAACUCCGGAUGUGUUGCAUUGCAUGAACCCGGACAUCGAAGAGACAUGUUGGCGAUGCGGGGAGGAGAGAGGCACUAUGCUUCAUAUCUGGUGGUCAUGCACGGCCAUCACUCCCUGCUGGGAGAUGGUCAACACCAAAAUCCGUGAAAUAUCGGAUCCGGAGCUCCCGCUCCAACCCCUCCCCAUGUUGCUACACCACACGAGCAUGUCUUUAAAAACAUAUAGGAAAUCCUUGACGAAACACCUGCUAACGGCGGCAAAGUCCCUGAUACCCACUCUAUGGAAAAAGACUGCUGCCCCCACCUUCCAACAAUGGGUGGAUAGGGUAGGAGAAAUCCACACCAUGGAAAUUAUGACGGCAUCCCUCCAAGGCCGCACAGAGAAAUGCAACCUGACGUGGACCCCUGGCUUCUGUACAUUGCCGCAGACUGAAUAACCCCCUGAAACCUAUACUCAAGCCAUGGCCCUCAUCUCCCCCUCCCCCCCCAUCUUUACACCACCUCUAUACCCCCCCUUCCUUCUCUCCAUCCUCCCUUCCACCCCCACCCCAGACUCAAGCCCAACAUGACCGCCCCACACCCUGAACUAGACCAGAACACACAUUAAGCAAAUAAUUGUGCACAGACAAAGGAGCUGCCAGUGGACGGAGCCCCACACAGAUGGGAAGCGGAGCCGCUAACUCCCAAGGAGCCUUAGAUACCCCACAGCACAUUACCACACACGUAGCAGAUGCUACAAUAGACCCAAGCACAUGGGCGCCUCUGCCCGGCCAACCUACACACGGGCAACACCCCGACAUAAUGGGCACACCCAAAGGGCGACAUGGUGACCUAAGCACUAUCGCCUAAGGUAGAGGGAACAUUACACAUAUAGCGACCAACCAUCCGUGAAUGGGUCGGGACUGACGGCCCGGAUAACACGCCUGUCCCCGUUACGUGGGUUCACAAACGUGGCCGGUUACCACCCCAUGCGCGACCGUGGCCCGCUGCCCACUCGACCCACCCAAGGUCUCACACCUGACAUGUACACCCUCACUGUCAAAUGCAACAGAACCCAAAUUUUUUUUAAAAAAACCACCAUGGGUGAGAUGUACAAAGCUAAGACACAAAAGACCUACGCCACUACGAAACACACUAACAAGCAAUAAAUGCUACUCUGGUCAUCCAACCUCAGACAACCGCAUGAAGUCAAAAACCCACUGUAUAUCUUCCUACGUGCAUGUAUCUGUCAAUCAUAGCUAAUGCGUGUCCUGAAUACCACUUUGACCCCAGCCCUUUACCCAUUUCUGUACCCCCUCCUGAUCUUGGAAACAAGAAAACAUAAAAAAACGAUAAAUAAAGAUUGUAAAAAAAAAAGAAAUGAGAAGCUCAUCUCUAAUUUUAAUAUAUCAUACCCCUUCAACUUGGUAGCCAGAGAAAUGGGACACUGGUUGGAGGGGCUAGCUGGGUCAGAAAAUUGCACCACUGACUCCACCAAAGGGUGGACAUACCCAGAAGGGGGUCUUGUCCCCUUAAUUAAAUGGACACUAUAGUCACCAGAACAACUACAUCUUAAUGUACUUUGUUUGGUGAGUAUAAUCAGUCCCUGCAGGCUUUUUGCAGAAAAUUUUUGUUUUCCAGAGAAAAUGUAGUGUUUACAUUACAGCCUAAGGACACCUCCACUGGCCACUCCUCAGAUGGCUGCUAGAGACGCUUCCUCCGCAUGGAGACACUGAACUUUCCUUUUUAGUUAUCAACUGAAUAGAAUGCUUUUUACAUGUUGGCAAACUAAUUACUCCAUCACCUCUAUUUGAGGUCUUUGAUUGGUAGAGGGCAGUUUAAAGUGUACUGUCUGUACCUUUGAAAUAUCCCAUUAAAGGAAUUCACUAGGUACUAUAACCACUUCAUCUCCCCUUGCUCAUUCCCACUGCUCAAUGUCAAACUGUUCUCUAUUGGUUAGACACUGAAUGAGGGUCCCUAGGUGAUUGUAGCUCCACCCCCAGCUGGAUGGUCUGAUUAUUACCAAUUCAUACAAGCAUUGUGCGGUUUUCACCCACUGCUGCUCAGAUUAAUGUGGAAGCAUUGGCCUGAGCAGCAAACUGUUGGUAUACUCCGUUGAAAUAGUUUGAAACUGAAUAAUGGGAAAGCACUUGGAGAUUUAAGGCACCAUAACCUCUUCAAUUAGAUGAACUAAUUAAGAUGCCUAGAGUGUCCCUAUAAGUAAUAAGAUACAUCAUUACUCUCCUUUUGGUCAAUGAUUUGUGUUUCUUUAAUGAGGUAUUGGGGUUUAAAAUGAACUGGUUUUUAGUACUGAAAACAUUCGCUGCAAAAUUUGCCAUUUGUGCAGUGAGUUAUCACAAAACCAGGAAGUCAAGCCUGACCCUAUUUUGUCUUUCUAUUAGAUUGCUGAACGCGUAUUCUAUAAGCUUAACCUAGCAUACACUUUGCAUCUAAUGUACACAGAUACCUGCAGGGUCCCUUUAAGUUAAACCACAUUUUCUGCAUUACACAAUCAAUAAUUUAUUGUGCAAUUUAUUUUACUUCGUAACUGCAACUAAUGUACUUUGAGUAUUUUUGAAUAAAGGGACACUAGGCAUCAAAAAACUUUAGCUUAAUGAAGCAGUUUUAGUGUAUAGAUCAUGCCCCUACAGCAAGCAUGUCAAACUCAGUCUGGCACGGGCCAUAUAAUAAACAAGGUUUAAGUUUAUGUUGGCCACAAAAAAAAAAAUUACCUUUAAAGUUUCAUAAAAACUUAAGUUUAUUUUAAAAAGUACAGUAUAAAAAAAAAAACCUAGUAUCCCCCUCCACUAAACCACAGUACCCCCUCUACUAAAUCCCAGUUGUCGUCCCCCUCUACUAAACCACAUCACCCCCUCCUCUACCACCCUGUGCCAAAUCUGAACCUCCCGCUGACACACACUGACAGACCGACACACACACAUACUCCCUGAUAGACACCUACUCAAAGACAGGUAUACACAUACAGACACACAUACACACACACACACACUUACACAUUCUUGCACACACAUACUUUUCUUUAUUGCUCCCUACUUUUUUGAGCGGAUGAAGGGCCUCUCCCUGGGGUCUUAUCUGCUCCCUUGCGCAGUUUAGUGAUGCCCGGUGCCAGAAUAUGACUUCAUAUUCCGAAGCCCGGCUUCACUACAGACGGCGCGUGCGAGGGAGCAGUGAGGAUCAGGAACUCUGAGCUCCCUCGCUGGCCAUCCUCCUCGGCCGGGUAAGUGUUAGCAGAGUAGGCACCUACAAUGUGGGGAAAGCAGGUGCCUACUCUGUUAUAACACCAGCAUGGUACUCGCGGCUCAACGGGCCGCAAGUUUGACAUGCUUGCCCUACAGUCUCACUGCUCAAUUCUCUGCCAUUUAGGAGUUAAAUCACUUUGCCUAUACUAAACUCACCUCCCUGCAUGUGACUUGUACAGCCUUCCUAAACACUUCCUGAAAAGGAACUUGGAUAUGUUGGGUUCCUAUAUUGCACAUUCUGUUUAAUUUAGAACAGUAUAACCUCCUGCUCUGUUAAUAGCUUUCUAUAACCUGCAGGAGCCUCCCUUAUGUGAUUAAAAUUUAAUUUAAAGAGCAGGAGAUAAAAAUUUCUAAAGCAAGUUGACAUGUGAUUGAAAACCUAGGGCCUAGGGCUGCGUAAACAAAAAGAUAACUCCUAAAUGGCGGAAAAUUGAGCAGCAAGAUUGCAGGUGCAAACUGCUUCUGAAAGCUAAAGUUGAUUUGACGCCUAUAGUCUCUUUUAAAAUGAUUGCUAUUACUUCAGAAACACUGUUUGAGAAUAGUAAAAAAAAAAAAAAUUAACAAAGGGAUUGAACACUAAGCAGAACUGAAAAAUAACUAUAGAAUUUUGUGUUUUGGCGAUUUGCAAUUUGAUAGUUUCUUGGUUUGGUUAAUACACCUCACUAUCUUUUCAAUGUAGUACACUUGAAUGGCUAGCUGGUCAAUUUUUGUCUGACUUGUUAAUUGUGCUAAUCAACUGAAAGGGGAGGGCUGUGUAAGAACUCCAUUGCAUUUUGUGCAUGUUUAGAAGCAUUUUCUGUUUGAUUUCUGACCAUAUUUAUCAUCUCAGGAGAAUAAACCUAUUUAAAUGUUUUAACCUCAAA